AUGGAUGGUGAUAAAUAUAAAAAGUUCUAUGUCUACAAUCAUGGGUUUACAAAACAGCCAUUUUACGAAAGAAACUUGAAUGAUAAAGGUAUUCACUUGAAGGAAUUAAAAAGACUGGAAAGAGUGGAUGAACUUAGAAUAUAUAAUAAUGUUGAUAAGAUUCAAAAUAAGAAAGAAAUUAUUUAUAAUAAUAUAAAGAGCAAUAAUAUACAAGUAAGAGUAAAUCAAAAUUAUAAUGAAGAGAAAACGAAAGAGGAAACGAAUUACACCUGUGUAAAUAAUAAAUACGUUACAUUGAAAAACAAGGUGCAUGUUAACAAAUAUGUAAAUAAUUCGAACAUAAAUAAAAUAAAAAUAGUCCCUAUAAUUAAAUGUAGUAAUUAUAAAAUAAAAAACAAUCCUAUAUCACAUUUGAAAACGAACUAUGAAAAUAAAUUUGUCAAAUUAUCAAAUUUUUCAAACAUAAAAAAUGGUUGUUCCCAUAAGGAUAAUGUAAUAAAUGAAACAAUGGAUCAACAUAAGUCCGAACAGUUAAAUAAUGAUAAUAUAAAAAAAUUGUUAUAUGAUUAUUGUAUAUUUCGUGAAGAUACUAUAAAUACUAAAAAGAAUAUAUCAUAUAACAAGAUGAAUAGUUUUAAAGACAAUGAAGAAAACAUAAAUUACAUGGAUAAUAAUAAUAUUAAGAGUAAUAGUAGUAGUUAUUGUAGUUAUUCAAAUAAAGUCAACCAAAACAAUAUAAAUCAUACACAUUUGAAAACAGAAUUUCUUAACGAAAAAAAUAGUCAUACACAAAAUGAACAACCCAUACCUUUACUUGAUGGGUUACAAAAUAAUCCUAAUUCAGCUAAUAAAUUUCAUAAUAAUAUUUAUGAUAAAAAUAAUUCACUUGUUAAUUAUAAAUCUGAUAAAGGCAUAGACCUUCAUAAUAAGAUGAUGAAGAUUGAAACAGAUAAAAAUGGAAUCAUUAAACUGGAGAAAAUGAAACAUGAAGAAAACUAUUAUAAUAAUAUAUUUUUAAAUCCAUUAAAUGAUAAUUCAAAUAAUGUUGUUAUUACAACUUGUGAUAAUAAAGAAAGUUAUCGAAACACCACAAGUGAAAUGAUAAACAAAAUUUUUGAAAAGAUGAUGAAUGAGAAAAAAAAUAUAUUAAAAAUGAAAAAUUUUAAUGAUGUUAUUAAAAAAAAAAUUACAAUGGCAAAAGAAAAAAUACUUAAUUCAAAUAGUACAAUUAAUAUGAAAAAGGUUUCUUUUUAUAAUUCUAAGGAUGAGGACUUAUUUAAUGAAAAAGAAAAUAGUUAUACAUAUGGUGUAAAGAGGGAAAAGCAGGAAGAUAUAAAUGUAAUAAAAAAUAAUAUGAAAAGGAAUAAUAUAAAUAUUGAUAAUAAUGACAAUAAUGAUAAUAAUGAUAAUAUAAAUAUAGUUAAAAACGAUAGUAUAAGUAAAAAUAUUCAUAUAAAUAAUAAAAAGAAAAGGGAUGAUGAUUUCCCUUUUAAUAAUAGUGCUGGGCUAUUAUUAGAUUUUGAUUUGUGUAAAAGGAAAGUUUUGCAAAUACUUAAAAAUGUGCAAUCAUCAAAAAAAAAAAAUAAGAUUUUAACAAAUCAUACUUAUAGUAGUGAUAAUCAAACUUUUCACAGUCGUGAUAAUCAAACUUUUCACAGUAGUGAUAAUCAAAAUUGUGAUAGUAAUGCAUGUAAUAAAAAGGAUGAAGAAAAAAAGAGAAAAAAAAAAAAAAUUAAAAAAAAAAAUAAUAUGAAAAAUAAAAGCAAUAAUAAAAGUAAAAAUAAAAGUAAAAAAAUUAGCAAUAAUAAUGAUAAUAUGAAUAAUCAGUGUGAUAACAUGGGUGACCAAAGAAUAAAUAAUGCAAAUAUGGAUAAACAAAAUGUUAAUAUUCAAAAUGAAGGUAAUGGUUUUAAUAAUAAUAAAAAUAAUAAUGAACUUUUAAAUGUUUAUAUAUCACCUAAUAUGAUUAAUCAUUCUUUAUCUUCAACUUGUGAAAAAAAAAAUAAAGAAGAUAACAAAAUGAAUGACAAUAAAUUUCUUAAUAGGAAUAGUAAAAUGAUAAUUCCAGAGAUAAGCACAAACAACUCAAAUGAACAGAUUGUUAAUGUGUCAAAUGAUGAAAUGUUAGUAUAUCAUAAUUUAACCGUAUUAAAUGUAAAGGAACAAAGAGGUGUAACAGAAGAAUCGAGCAGUAUAAAAGGCACAUAUUUUGUGGAUCAAUUUUAUGACUCAUAUAAUAUGAGAAAUGAAAAAAUAACGGGUGAUAAUAUGCAAGUAGGAGAUAUAUAUAAUGUAAAGGAAAAUAUAAAAAGAACUCUAAAAGGUGAUGGUCAUGAUGAUGUCAAAACGAACGUGCUAAGUGAAGAUAAUAGUUAUGGAAGUGGUUUAUGGGGUAACGAAAUAAACUUUAUUAGUAAUAAUGAAAAUUGUUUAAAUAGCUAUGAUAUAUCAUCAUGUGAUGAGAAAUAUAUCCGAAAUGAAGAGGAACAAGAUGAGGAACUUUGUUCAAAUAAUAUUCUUGUAAAAGAUAUAGAAGAAAAGAAAAUGUGUGGUAAAUUAUUUUUUGAAGAAAUUUGUGUAUUCAGAAUAAAUGAAAAGAAUGAACAUGGACAUGAAAACCUAAGAAAAAGUAAUCACAAUGACGAUACUCAUAAGUUGUAUAGUAGUUAUGAAAAUAUACAAAAUAUUAAUAAACAGAGUACGAACCCUUUUUGUAAAAAAGAUGAAAUGGAGAAGAGCCAAGGGACUAAUUUAUUUUAUGAUAAUUACAUUAACAGUGUUGACAUAACAAAAUUAGAAUUAAAUAAGAAUUGUUACCAACAUAUUAAUUAUGAAGUUCAAAAUUUAAUUAAAAAAGAAAAUUCAUAUGCAGCCGAAAUGAAUGUAGGGUUAGUGUUUCGUAAGUAUAUUCCUAUUCUCAUAAAUUUGUCAUGUAAUUAUUUGCUUAUAAAAAAGAAUGAAAAGAAUGUGAUUACUUGUAUAUCAUAUACUAACAUUAUAGACGUAAAAAUUGUAAAGAAGAGUAAAAAAAAUAAGGAACGUUUUUUAUUUAAAAUAGUUUAUGUAUUUAAAAAGAAAGAACAGAAAAGUGAAAAAAAUGUAACUCUUUUAUUUAGAGCAAAUUUAAUGGAAAUUUUUGAAAAGAUAAAAGGACGAGUAGAUUAUUGUAUAAUACCAAAUGAAGAUGAUAAAAAUAUUCAAUUACAAGACAAAAAAAAAACACAAGAAUAUGUAGAUAUCGAAACGGUAUAUGAAUAUGUAAUAGAAAAAUAUAAAAGAGUACAUGUAUUAUAUUUAGGACGUUUAUUACAGAUUGUUGAAAAACUUUUUAAAAAAUAUAUAUUAAAAUAUUCAUUUCAUAAAUUAAGAAUAAUGUAUGAAUAUAAAAUAGAAAUGGAAAAAUUAAAAAAAAAUUAUAUUCACUGUAUACAUGAUAUAAGUGAUAAAUUAGAAUUCCUUAUAAAAAAAAAAAUCCAACAUUAUUUUAAUCAUGUAAUAAUAAAUAGUUAUGAAUCAAGUUUUAUUAAUUAUCAAAUCAAGACUAACGAUAUGUUAUAUAAUUUACUUUUAAAAGAAAAAUCUGCUUACCAAAACCACUUGGGUAAAAAUUAUAUUUUAAUAUUAUACAAAGUAUUACUUAGUAUGUAUAAAAAAAAGAUGGCUAUCUAUUUUAGAUCUUUUGUAUACAAUAAUAUAAAAGUAAGUAAAAAAAAAAAUGCGUUUGCAUAUACAUUAACUCGUGUAAAUAGUAUAUUAGUUUUAUAUGAAAAACGGAUUAAAUCAUUUGUCUUUUCCAAAUUAAAAUUUAAUUAUGAUAAUGUAUCAUAUUUUUGUUUUAUUAUGUAUAAAAUAUAUUUAAGAAGAAUUUUUUUUGGAUAUCUACGCAUACGAGAUAAUCGUAUCAAUAUUAAAAAUAUGAUUGAAAAAAAUGUUUAUAGGCUUGUUAAAUUAAUUUCAAAAAUAAGUGAUAAUCAUAAAUAUAAUGCAUUUUUAAAAUUACAAAAAUAUGUAUAUGAACAAAAUGAAAAGAAAAAUAAAAUGAUAUGUGAUAAUUUAAUAUAUGCAAAUAAUGAACUGUGUAAUAAUCUAGACAAAAUAGCUAUUGAAAAAGGAAUUAAUCAAAUAGAUUGUUUAAUCAAAUUUAAAAGAAAAGAAUCUUUAAUGAAAUAUUUCUAUACAUUAAAAGGUCCACAAAUUAAUACUGAACGUUUCUAUUAUUGUAUAAGAUAUUGUAGUAUCUUUUCAUUUGUAUUAAAUAAAAUUAUACAGAAGAAAGUGCAACAUAUUUUUUUCCAGUUUGUUCUUAAAACAUUGCAACGAAAUAAUAAAAAUAGAUUAACACAUGCAAUCAAAUUAUUACAAGUGUUAAUACAGAAAAAAGAAAAAAAAAGUGUAAUAGAUGUAUUACAAUUAUAUGACAAAUAUCCAUAUAUAUUUCAGUACAAAGAUUUAACAAAGAUAGAAGUUUUUGUUAUUUGUGUACAAAAUUUUGUAGCUGUCUAUAACAGAAAGCUGUUAUUAAACUUUUUAUUAAAAUUGCAUUAUUUAAAAUAUCAAGAGCAGUUUAUGAAAACAUAUAAUGGUAUUGGAAGUAUAUACAAAUUUGUUCAUGUCCUGGACAAGAAACUCAUGAAUACUAUACGUGAGUCAUUCCGGGUAAUAUUACAAAAUGAUAAAUUUCUAAGAGAAAAAAUGAACAUGAAGAUGGAACAAAUGGAUAUGAAGAUGGAGAAAAUUGAUGUGAAUAUGGAGCAAAUGGAUGUAAAGAUGGAACAAAUGGAUGUAAAGAUGGAACAAAUGGAUGUCAAGAUGGAACAAAUAGAUGUCAACAUGAAAAGAAUGAACAAGAAGAAAUCGAAACAAAUGCAUGUUAAUUACAAUAAUAAAGCAUAUUCUUCAUCUUCUCCUUCACCUGUGUUACGUUAUAAUAAAUAUAAGGACGUGUCAUCGAAUUCGGCAAGUCUCAUAAAGAAGUAUCCUUUCCUCAUAUACAAUUCGGAAAUAUCUCCGGACUGUACAACCAUGGCGGAUGAUAAAUUAUCGUUACCAUCGAACGACUCGGUUACACACAUAUUUUCCUACGCAUACGAAG